AUGAGUCAAGACGAUAUUCUUCAAUCGACCAAAUCCGUCAUUCAAGGACUUGAUGCAUUAAAAAAUGAACAUGGAAAGAUGCUGGAAACUGUCGUAGUUUCAAUAAAUAGUUCUUCGACCAUCGAUAAUAAUAAACUCGAAGAGAAAGCAGGCUUAUUAAGAAAGUCUAUGGAUAUGAUUGAUUUGGGUAUUGGCGAAGCUCAAGUAAUGAUGCAGUUAGGCAACCAUCUGCAAAGUCUCGAAGCUGAAAAACAGAAACUACGCACACAAGUCAAACGUUUGUGCCAAGAGAAUGCCUGGUUGAGAGAUGAAUUAGCUUCCACCCAAAAGAAAUUACAUGAAUGCGAACAAUCCAAUGCAACUUAUUCCGUCGAACUUGAACAUUUAAAAUUCUUGAAAGAUGUUCAAGAAUAUGACACAAAUGAGAAUAAUCCUUCUCCAAAUCCUUCACCGUUGUCAAAUAUAAUUUUCAGUCAAGCGAAUGAUGUUGUCAAUGAUCUAUUUUCUGAUGAUAUGGAUGUAGAACAACAAGAGACAUCCAAUGGAUUAAAUCCCUCACGAAAAUUCGAUUCCUACACUGAUUUAGCCAUGUCACCAUCACAAUCGACAACUGGCCUAUGCAUAUCAACAGCAGGACAUGAUAUACCAGCGAGGUUAAAGACUCUACAUAAUUUAGUUAUUCAAUACGCUUCACAAGGCCGAUAUGAAGUUGCUGUUCCACUAUGUCGACAAACUUUAGAAGAUCUCGAGAAGACAUCUGGUCACCAACAUCCUGAUGUUGCGACGAUGUUGAAUAUUCUUGCGCUUGUCUAUCGGGAUCAGUCAAAAUUCAAAGAAGCUGGUGCUCUUCUCAAUGAUGCUCUAGCUAUUCGAGAGAAAACACUCGGACCAGACCAUCCAGCCGUUGCUGCAACAUUAAACAAUCUCGCGGUUCUUUACGGUAAACGAAAUAAAUUCAAAGAAGCGGAAGGUUUGUGUAAACGUGCUUUGGACAUUCGAGAAAAGUGUCUGGGCUCAACGCAUCCUGAUGUAGCUAAGCAAUUGAAUAAUCUUGCUUUACUCUGUCAAAAUCAAGGCAAAUACGAUGAAGUGGAAUCCUAUUAUCGACGUGCAAUUGAUAUUUAUACGAAAACGUUAGGUGUUGAUGAUCCUAAUGUAGCGAAAACGAAAAAUAAUCUCGCGUCAGCUUAUCUCAAACAACAGAAAUACAAAGAAGCGGAGCAGAUCUACAAAGAUGUUCUCGCGCGUGCACAAGAAAAAGAAUCCUCAGACAAAGCGUUACUUUUAUCUCAACAACAACAACAACAACAGCAACAAAGUCAAGAAGUACAAAAAUCUCAGCAAUCAAAAGGAGGAAAUUACGAUGCACAAGGUGGAUGGUAUAAAACCGUACUUACGGAUCAACCAACAGUAACAACAACAUUGAAAAAUCUUAGUUUAUUAUAUCGUCGACAAGGUAAACACGAAGCUGCAGAAAUCUUAGAGAACUGUGCGACAAAAGCCAGAAAGGAUCCACAAGCUAUUCUUCAAGCAUUGAAUAUUGUUAAGCAAACGACGCAUCCUCAACAAACAUCAUCAUUAGCAACUCUAUAA